AUGCUGGGGUCCGGGCUGAAUCUGGUGACCACGGUGAUCGGCUUCGGGAUGAGCGCCACCUUCAUCGUCUUCGUCUGCGCACGCCUCAUCUGCGGACGCGCCGUGCGGGCCGACGCCGAGGCCGACGUCGCCGCCGCCCGGGCCAUGGCUCCGGGCCCCGCGCCCUUCGACUUCGACAUCGAGUUCCGCACCGCGGAUCUCGAUCGCACGCCGAUUGAUGUCGGAGUGGAACCGCAUCCGAUGGAGAUCGGCGUGCGCAUGUGUUGCUGCCAGCCUACCAAAUUUGCGAUCGAGACCGUUGGUUGGUAUUGGCGUACAACACGCAAAAACUUUGAUAUUCAGAACACCUGCAGUGGAUUGGAACCUUUCGUUGUUGCUGCAAUUCCAACAAUGACGUAUAGCUCUGAAGCCUUCCAUUCAAAAGAUGAUGCCCAGUGCUCCAUAUGUUUGGGUGAAUACGACGAGAAAGAGAUCCUGCGUAUAAUGCCCACAUGCCGACAUAAUUUUCAUCUUUCCUGUAUAGAUAUAUGGUUAGAGAAGCAAACGACCUGCCCAAUAUGCCGAAUCUCGUUGGACUUACCGGGUGGAAAAGCCAGUGCUUCCCCUGCCCGUAGCCUCCCUCAAUUAUUUGGCCACCCUGAGAGCUCUGCCAGUCGUUCACCGCAUUGGAUACUUCCCAUGCAUCGUGAUCGUACCGGGGGUAGAGGUAACAGACCGGCCUCACAAGAAUCACUAGAAGUGGUCAUAACAUGA